UUCCACCCGGAACUGUUUUGGUGCAUCACGUGUGAGGAAAUCCUGCAGCGCUCUGUCAAGAUGUCCGUCCUGACAGAACCGGUCCGUACAGAGUUGUGUUCUGCUCGGUGUGUUUCUCUGUAGACCAGACACUUGAGCGAGACGAUGAGCUUCUUGCGUAACCGUGCGGUGGUGCUCGGCCUGGUGCUGCUCUUCACCGUGCUGCUGUACUUGCUGCUGCCGUCCUCCAUCAGACAGAGCAACACCGAGCCGUCUCUGGCCGUGCAGAGGACACAGAGGCUCAUCUCUGCUUCUCCGUCACCCAUCAACAUCACCGUCCGCACGGGACAGAUCCCCAGCGACCCACCGCUCUUCUUCAGAGAGGCCCUGCCUGUAGACUCUUCUGGAAGACAGGUCCUACCCAGGCUGCAGGUGGUGCUGCUGCACGGUCAGGCCUUCACCUCCAGGACGUGGGAGGAGCUGGGCACGCUCAGUCUGCUCGCCGCUAACCGCUACCAAGCACUGGCACUGGACCUGCCGGGGUUUGGGAAGUCUCCAGCAUCAGAGUCGGUGAAGUCGGAACAGAGCCGUGUGGAUCUGUUGAAACAUUUCCUCGAGGCUCUGGGAGUUCACGCUCCGGUUCUCAUCACUCCGUCGAUGAGUGGUCACUAUGCUCUUCCCUUCCUGCAGAGGUUCAGUGAUCAACUGCGAGCCUUCAUCCCCAUCGCACCUGUCGCCACCCGAACACUAACGCCACAGCAGUACCAUGACAUCCAGACUCCGACUCUGAUUGUGGUUGGAGAAUUGGACACUAAUCUGGGCUCUCAGUCUCUGAAGAACAUGCAGCAUCUCCCUCAUCACUCGGUGGUGAAGCUGCCGGGAGCACGACAUGCCUGCUACAUGGACAAACCGCGAGAGUUCCACCAGGCACUGCUCCACUUCCUCAACACACUCGACUAACGCAAUGGGGGCAAAACAAAAAUUGUGAUUAAAAAUGACAAUACUUUCAAAUGUUUAGUUUUUCUGACAUGUAGAACAGAUGAAUCAGUUCAACUGUAGUGUCAUGUUUAAAAAAAAAAAGUUGUUGAUGACAUUGUCAGGUUGACGUGUGUGUGUGCGCGAGACAGAGAUGAAGUGUGAAAGGGACAGAUGGGAGGAGGUGAAGAAGAGAAAAUGGUGUGAAAACACAGCCAGUUCACCUCUGAGACUUUCAGUAUAAAUGAGUCAGAUACUGCAGCAUAACACCAGACCUGGAACCAAGAGCACUUUUUUUUUUUUCUCCUCUCCCUUUGAUUUCACGCCCCUCUCAAGGACCAGGUUUCAAAUCUGUAGUAAAAACCAUGUAAAUACAGACAGUUGUUGGCGCUUUAGCUGAAAUUGCUUAUUUAAAAAAAUUCAUUAUUUUGCUUCACGGUAAUGAUGUCAAUUUUGUUUGCGCUUUUACAGAAUUUAGGGAUCUGAUUAAAUACAUUGGGGAGGAAAAUUGAACACAUUCUGUUCAGUUCAUGAUGUUGAAAAAUUUCAUGAGCUAAACCUGUGGCGAGUGUUUGAGCCGCCUGCUUCGGGACGCGCCGACACCUCGGCGUUUGCAGAAACGCACACUAGCAUGUUAGGACCUUGUUGAAUUUCUGAUAAUCUGAACGUGUUGAUCAUCGUUUGGCUAUGACACACGGUGAAGUUUUGCGAUGCUUUUUUUUUUUGUGUGCGCGCGCAUGUUUAAAAAAAAAAAAACUUUUCAUGACAUCCCUUUAACUCUCGCUUUGUUUAAACAGCCUGCUUCAACCUGUUUAAUGCACUUUACGCUAAUUCAGUGUAGUUCCACCCUGUGUGUGAAGUCAUGAUGGAGUUAUUUAUUUCCUACCAACACUUACUUUGUGUGUGUACAGUGUACAGUCUGUGUACAGUUCAUCCUGUCAGAUGUAGAUUGUUGCCUGUAAAUAGAAAAGAGCUGAACAUUAUUAAAACACUAAGUGAAAUAAAA